UGGGUAACAGACACAACAUGGCGGCCCGGCCGUGACUGGGCAGCGCCUCGCCCUGGAACUGGGUUUUCCCCUCGAAGCUGGUGUCGAAACCGUUGCAUUUAGCGAUUUCUUCCAUAGAUAACGAUUGUAUAAGUGUCGUUAGUGAGAGCCUGAGCUUGUGGAGGUUUAUUUUUUUUAAUUUGUACCCGGGUAGUGCGAAGGAAUGAAAAGGUUGAGUUUAUAGCACGGAAAUCGUCUGCUUUAGAAAGGCUAAAUAUAAUGAUUUUUUAAGUAUCGCUUCCAGUUUGAAAGAUAAGGUUAUUUUCCCUGUGAGAUAUUAACUGGAGGAGUAAGGGCGGGGGGCUUGUCUUCGAGGAAAGUUUUCAGGUGAAAGGCGAUCAUCUCUGAGUAGGGAAGUGUGCGUGUGCUGCUGUGGGGUGGUUCUGUGCUGUCUGCUUAGAGAAAGCGACGUGGGCUUGGGGUAACCCGUUUGGCUUUCAGGUGGCUUGCCCUAAGUGAAGCUAGUGCUGUGUAUCUUCACGUGUCUUGGCUAGAGAGGUUUAUUUGGUGAGGAUGGGAAGAAGAAAUUCUCCCUGACUGUAGAAACCGCAGCAGCCUGUAGGAUCCUAACAUGGCGUCUGAAAGGCACGUGAUAUAAAAGGAAGGGAAAGAGGAGGCUCCCUCUGAGCCCAACCCAGGCAGUUGCUGACAUCAGUCAGCCACAGCACAUGGAUGGGGGCAGGGGGGGUUACUGUACCUUUCUAACAGCAGCUUUCUGUAAGAAAAGGGUUACUCCUUCAAUCCACCGUGUUCCUACCAGUCACCCCUCCCCUGUUGUCUCCCUUGCUCCCUCUAAUACCAGGCUCCCUCUAAUACAGGCCUUUUUUUUCCUUUGGCUUUAAAUCGCAGUUUAUAAUGGUGAGAAUUGUACUGUCUAAUGCUGGGGAGGGAAAGAUCUCUUACGUUAUUUAAUCUGUCUUUCUACCAAUGCAGGAUGGCUCUUUAGUGUUCCACAGACCUCUUCCAGUCUAGUUUUAAAUGCUACCAGUGGCCAACUUUUGCCAUUCCUUGGGGAGGUGACAUCAUAACCGAAUAGAUCUCACCAUUAUAUCUCCUAAAGGGCAGUGGAUGUAUAUAAUUUGUGAUAAAUAUCAAUGCUGUCAAAUUUCUUCAUUUCUGGGUGUUUUAGAGCCUGCCCUGAAGUGUGUUUUUUUUCCUUUUUAAAGAUGUCUUAAAUCUUGUAUCAAUGGUUAGUUUUGCCUUAGUUACUGUUUGUGACUGUGGUUUAUUCAAGGCAAGUUCUUAGUUGUUUUUGGGAAAGUGCUCUCCUUUGCUAAGCCACUUUUAAAAAGUGUUGCCUGGAGACAGUUUGUUUAGUGUAAAAACUUGAGUGGUCUGCUUUACGAUUUAAUAAAUGGCUCUGAAAUGUGUGACUGGUAUUAUAAAAAUAUGUAAAUAAAAAGUGUGAAAUAUGUAUUUGUCUUUUUAUUUACCAUUGUAUAGUGCAGAAUUUGUUUCUGAGACCCAUUUUGUGUACAAAGUUGUUUUUUAAACAAAGUUUUUUGCAAGUUUGUGACUCGGGGUUUGAUUAUGAUUCAAUUUUUUUUUUGAAGUUGAAACUUUUUUUUUUUUAGGAAACUAAUAAAAAAAAAGCCACACAUUUCCAACAGUAGCUUUCAUACAUUAUUUGAAAGAAGAGUGGGAAUUCUGUGGUAAUGAGCUCAGCGUUAGCAUUCUGUGUGUUCUGGUGGUAUGCGGAGCCUCCCUGCUGUUGGUUAGUGCUGUGUGGGUCUCUUUCUUGCUAGGGGGUGCUGUAUAGAUCGCCUGAAAACAAGACGUUCAAAUCUGGGAUUCCCUUGUGUGGUUAUUGGAACGUGGGCUAGAUAACAUAAUAAACAUUUCCAGAAAUGAAAACGUAACCCAACCGUUUUUAAGUCAUGGUUCUUAGAUUGUGUCAGCUGAGUAGCUGAUAUUUGAAGGAGGGCACUCUGCUAAACUAAUGCUGUCACAUUUUGAAGUAGGCUUCCUUACUACAUUGCAGUGCUUUUCUGUGUGAUUACUUCUAACUACUCCCAAGCACAUGAAGCUGUUAAACUUGUUACAGUGCCUUUGCUAUUAAAUGGAUACUCUGGCAUCUCCAACUUGAAUCUUAGCUGUGUAUAGUGAGCUACUUCCAUACCUUGGUGAAAUGGAAGAGUGUAGUGCUCUGCUAGUAGCUCUUGAGCAUUUGUGCUGCUAAGACAGCUCUUUGUUUCACUGAAAGCUGACUUAGAAAGUCAGAAACUGUACACUGUCAUUUUUUUUUAUAAAAGAAAGCAUUCACAACUUAGCAUAGUGUUUUUAAUGUGCCAUUGUGUAGGCUGCAUUAAAGAAUUAACCAAUAUUUCGUGGACAUGUUAAUAUUAAGCAGCUGCACAUCUAUUUUUUUUCUAAGCUGGAGAAAUGCCCCUAUUCUAACACUUGCAUAUUAGCAGCUUUACAGCCCGCUGUUAGGUCAUAAGUCAGCACUCAGAUUAGAUAGUACAAAUGGUGUAAACCAUUCUCUUAACGUGUUGCUUAGCUGUGCACUUUUCUGUCUUUUCAUGUACAAAAUACAUCAGCUGCCUGUAUUUUUUUACAUGCUCAGGGGCAGUGACACCCUCCCCUCCCCAUUAACAAGAAACUGUCCUUUUCAGUGUUGAGUUUUGGGUCAUGGUUAAUUAAUAUACACUUAAAAGUGAGGAAAUAUGAUUUACCCAUAUAAAAGUUUUGUUGACUCGGUGCCCUUCUGUGAACCACUUUAAUAGGGAAGGAUUUAAAUCUAAAAUUGUAAAGCAAGAGCACUUCCACACACUUAUUUGGACAAUGGGGCUGAGAAGUAAGGUGUUGCUGAUAAUCAUAGGAGCCUGUCCUGUUUAAAAAGAACAAUGAAGUUACUCUGGUUUUAUGCUGAGUUACCGGAUGGUGAAUGAGACUUAAAAGUAUUAAGAGUGGAUGCUCCUGUCUAAGGAGAUGUCGAUCAGCGCGGAGCUUGUGGUGGUGUCUUUCACGUUGUCUUCUUCAGCUGUUUGCUACUGAUGCUUUCUGGAACUUUGCUGUGUCUUCUGCUGAUGAAAGCCAGUGGUGGGCAUUAAAAGCACCUUGAUUGGGCCCAGUAGUGCUGUUCCUGCAUUGGAAGUUGUAGCUGUCCACCAUCCAUGCUUCUGUUUCACAGACUUGCUACAAGUUUUGAAUGUGGAUUUAAAAGCAACAAAAAAGAUCCCUCAAGCCAUCUCUUGUAGCAAAGAUGUAUCCUGAGUGUGAAGACUCCAGACUGUGGAAACUGUGGUGGUGAUUCCUGAGCUUUCCCAUCUGUACCCAGUCAGCUUGGUGAUUGGGUUUGGUCUGGAUUUAGAACUUUGCUCUGUCUGCACGUCCAUCUAAAACCUGACUGUGACCGCUGACAAGUGCCAACAGAGACUGGGACUCCUUGCUCCAUUCCUUUGGAUUACAGUGAUAUAGUUGUGACCUUUUCUGCGUGUAGUUUGUGAAAGGACUGUGAUGUUCGACGUAUAAUCUACGACUACCGGAGUUCUCUAACCUGGGCUGUUCGCAGGAAGUCUGAUUUGUGUUCUGUGAAAUGGAGAAAAGCAAGCAUUCAGGAGGUCCAAGUGAUAAACUAUUUUUUAGAAGUUCCUUGAAGUGGUAGCGAUGGCUUCCUGCUAAUUUCAAGUUAUUUUCUCCAGUGGGUUUUGAAAGGCUGCACUCGGUACACUAGCAGUAAUACUGUCUUGUGGGCUUCUUUUUUCUUUUUUCCCUUUUUUUCCACCCCAAAGCUUUGAGACAAACAGAAUAACCCAAGGUGUUCCUUUUCUCUGUGGUAGACCCACCGCAUUAUACUUUGAACUGAGUAUUGAUUUUCCAGAUUUAAGUUUUUAAGUUUUUGUAUAAGCAAAAAAUCCCAAGCAAAUCCCUUGGUGUUUAUAGUGGCAACCAAAAAGAGAGGUCUGUAUUUCUGGGAUUGGUAAUCCCUUUAUUUAAAUAGCUUAACGUAUGUUUUUGUUGUACUAAACUUCUCAGUUUCUUCUUAUUACUCCAGGCUCCUGCGUCAGAGAAGCUCCCUGUUAUGUACCUUAUGGAUUCCAUUGUCAAGAAUGUUGGAAGAGAGUAUCUUACUGCAUUUACUAAAAACCUAGUUGCAACAUUUAUUUGUGUAUUUGAAAAGGUGGAUGAAAAUACUAGGAAAAGUUUAUUUAAAUUACGCUCCACAUGGGACGAUAUUUUCCCUUUGAAGAAACUUUAUGCACUUGAUGUCAGAGUCAACUCAUUAGAUCCUGCUUGGCCAAUUAAACCUCUGCCCCCAAAUGUGAAUACUUCUAGCAUCCAUGUGAAUCCUAAGUUUUUAAAUAAAUCGCCAGAGGAAUCUACUGCAUCUACCUCUGCUGUCACUUCUGGUGCCUCUACUCCUCCAACUGUUCCUGAAAUACAAAAGAAUUUGACACAGGAGCAACUGAUAAGGCAGCAAUUGCUUGCGAAGCAAAAACAGUUGUUAGAACUUCAGCAAAAAAAAUUAGAGCUGGAGUUGGAACAGACUAAAGCACAGUUGGCUGUUUCUCUUAGCGUUCAGCAAGGAUCAUCUUCUAUACCUUCGGUUCCAACACCUUCCAAGCCACAUGUGUCCCAGACACCUCAUAUGACAGUUAAAACACCUACUCAGGCUUCAUUGCAAUCUGAAAAGAUCAAACCAUCCCCAAGUCCUCCACUUCACGAUGUCAAAAUAGUAAAUAGGGAUCCUCGACUUAACAGAAUGUCACAGCAUUCUUCUCAUGCUAAAGAUCAGUCUCAUAGGAAAGAAUUUCCACCAAACACCACUGGCCAGUCUGAUACCAAGGCGAGCAAAACAUCUCAAUCUGAAAAACAAAGCUCAACAAAACCAGAGAAAUUGAAAGCAGGUGAAAAAACACAAAAGAAAGAACCCGAUCAGGUGGAAACAAAGUCUAAGUCGCCAUCUCCUUUGAAAAACAAGCUUCCCAAUACUAAAGAUACUAAAACCCAAGAAUCUGAAAGCACAAAAGUAUCUGAAAUGAGUAAACGGGAUCCGAGACUGAAAAAACAUCUUCAAGAAAAGCCAGAGAGCAAAGGGGAUGAGGUGAAAGAAAAGAGGAGAAAUACAGAGAAAAAAGAAAAAGAUGAACAUAAGACAGGUGAACAUAGACCAGUAGGUAGCAGAAAUAAAACAGUUAAUGGUGUUGUUCAGAAACAAGAUGUGACUACAGAAGAAUCAGAAAAACAGGGUGGAAAACAAGGGAGAUCCAGUAAUAGAAAACGGUCACGAUCCCGCUCUCCUAAGUCACGGUCACCAUCUACACAUUCUCCAAAACGAAGAGAGAGGAGAUCACCCAAAAGAAGACUUAGGAGUUUAUCUCCCACUUCUUCAACUCCUAAAAUUGGAAAGAUACGUCAGAUAGGUCCUAAGCAGUCUCAUGCAGAAGAAGCCUCACAAGGGGCAAGAGAUGAAAGGAAUUCUAAUAAACGAAAUGUUAAACAAGAGGUGCGAGAUCCAAGGAGAGUGAAAAAAAGCCAAGAAGACAGACCCCAAGAAAUAGCAAGCCAGCAUUCUACAAAAGCAUCUCCUGAUCCAAAGGAGAAUGCAGAGAAUUGGCAGGGAUCCAAAGCAGGCAAGAGGUGGAAAUCCGGUUGGGAGGAAAAUAAAAACUCGCAGCAGACUGAAGAACACCAAGCAGUUGGUAAAUCUCCUCACCAAAGACACCGAGAAAACUGGCCUGCUGCUAAAGGAAUUCUAUCACCCCGAGCACCAAAACAGCAGCACCGGUUAAGUGUGGAUGCCAAUUUACAAAUUCCCAAAGAACUGACGUCUGCAAGCAAGAGAGAAUUACUUAAAAAGGCCAAUGACCGCUUAGCAUCUGGUGAAAUAACACAAGAUGAGUUCCUCGUGGUAGCUCAUCAGAUUCGGCAGCUGUUCCAGUACCAGGAAGGAAAGCACAGAUGUAAUGUCUGGGAUAGCCCUACAGAGGAGAAAGGCUCUUUGAAAAGGAAGCCUCUUCUGUCUGACGCGGAGUUAACAUACUAUGAGCAUAAAGCUAAACUGAAAAGAACACAAGUUCAACAUUCAUUGUCAAGACUUGAUCUCUUGGAUCCUGAUGAUAUUUUGGAUUAUCAUGUACCAGAUGCGUUGCUUUCUGGAGUGGACUGUGAGCAAGCAAAAGCAAAGCGUGGAGUACAGUUUGAAAGAAAAGAACCUUUUGGAGAAAGGUCAAGACGGCACUCUCCUGUAAGUGGCACAAGCAGACCCUUUGCUGAAAACCUUUCGCCGCUUGAGGGUCGACGAAGGCUUGAGGAACAAAAUGCUGCUAAAGGAGGCAGGGGUUCGAAAAACUUUGAUCCUUAUGACAACUGGGGAGAAUCAGAUGAAUUCAGAGAUGCUCUCAGACAGCAGGGAAAAGGCACAGCAGAGUUCCAGAAGAUAGAUGGUGAUGCAGUCUGUAGGUUUGAUAACCGUGAAGAAAGACAGCUGCUUGGGAAAGCUGGUGUUCGAGAUGAACCAAGAUCACCAUUCAAUGAACGUUUCAAAAGAGCUAGAUAUGAAGACCCAGAUAAAGAACCAUUUCCAGACAGUCCAGGGUCAAGAUUUGGAGGCAUAGAAGCAAAGCCAAGAAUAAGUGCACUAAUGGAAGACAGACCUUUAUUUGAUGGCUCAUCUAGACCAUCUGCUGCAAGAGUUGGGGCAGAUGGACAAGGAAGCCCUUUUAUUGAUAGUCCUACUGCUGGUUCAAGUUCUAGAAUUGAUGGGCCACCUGGACAGGCUGCUCUGAGAUUUGAGGGGCCUUUGGUGGGCGCGGGUGGUUCUCAGUUUGAUGGGCCCCUGGCAGGAGCAGGGGGAGCUGGAGCCCUAAGAUUUGAUGGGCCACCAGGGCAGCUGGCAGGGGCUCUCAGGUUUGAAGGACCACAGGGACAGGUUGGUGGGGGAGGUCCUCUGAGGUUUGAGGGACCUCUUGGGCAAAUAGGUGGGCCGUUGCGGUUUGAGGGGCCUGCAGGCCAGCCUGUGGGUGGUCCUAGAUUUGAAGGACCUGGAGUUGGUCUCAGGUUUGAGGGACCUCGUGGUCAGCCUUCAGGUGGUCUCAGGUUUGAAGGACCUCACGGUCAACCUCUGGGGCCUCGAGGUCAGCCAGGGGGUGGGCUCAGGUUUGAGGGACCGCACGGUCAGCCCUUGGGGCCACACGGUCAACCUGGAAGUGGUCUCAGGUUUGAAGGUCCACAUUUACAGCCAUUAGGGCCCCAUGGUCAACCUGGAAGUGGUCUCAGAUUUGAGGGGCCACAUGGACAGCCUAUGGGGCCACAUGGACCAUCAGGAGGUGGGCUCAGAUUUGAGGGGCCACAUGGGCCUCCAGGUGUAGGGCCCAGAUUGAUAGAUGGACCAGUGCACCAGGGAGUUGGUGGACUUAGAUUUGAUGGUCCUCUGGGACGGACUGGUCCAAGAUUUGAUGGCUGCCAUGCUGGGUUUGAUGGUCAACCUGGACAGCUGUCUCUUUUACAAAGAUUUGAUGGAAUUCAUGGACAGCCUGGCCCAAGAUUUGAAAGGGCUCCUGGCCAGCCCGCACAACCACGAUUUGAUGCAGCCAUACCUCAAAGAUUUGAUGGUCCUCACCAGCCAGCCUCGAGAUUUGACCUGCCCCUUGGCCUUCAUGGUGCACGUUUUGAAAAUAUGGCCAGCCAUCCUGCCUCACGAUUAGAGAUGUCGCCAUAUGGACAAAGUGGUCCUUUUGUUGACCAUCCUGGACAGGGCUACAGUGGACCAGCUCAUGGGAUGCAGUUCCAAAGGCCUGAAAUAUUUGACAGUUCACUAGGACCAAAUUUCAGUGGGCCAGCUGGCCCAGGAGCACAGAAUUUUUCAUUGAGAGCAUCUGGACAUUAUUUUGAUGACAAACUUCAGGGUCCUCAAUACGGGAACUUCAAUAGUAUGUCAAUGGGAGGUCAUCAGGUUUCGCAUAUGUCUGCUCAGCCAGGGCCUUAUGGCCAGGGUCAACAGUAUUUACCAAAUCCUGGAAGCUUUGUUCAGAACCCUGCAGGAGGAGCCCUUCCACAUUCAUAUCCUGAUAACCACCUUGGUCAGCUUGAUGUCAAUGAAUUGUUUGCUAAACUGUUGUCAACAGGAAUCCUCAAACUGUCAAAAACAGAUUCCACUUCAGCGCAAGCGAAUGAAACAUCGGCGCAGCCAGCUGCUGAAGAGGAGGAUGAUGACCAGGGUGAUCACGAUGUCCCAGACCUCACAAACUUUAAAGUUGAAGAACUGAGACAACGUUAUGACAGUGUUAUAAAUCGACUGUACACUGGAAUUCAGUGCUACUCGUGUGGAAUGAGAUUUACUACUUCACAGACAGACGUUUAUGCAGACCAUUUAGAUUGGCAUUAUCGUCAGAACCGUUCGGAAAAAGACGUUAGCAGAAAAAUUACACACAGAAGGUGGUACUACAGUGUAACGGAUUGGAUUGAGUUUGAAGAAAUAGCUGACUUAGAGGAGCGUGCAAAAAGCCAAUUCUUUGAAAAAGCUCAUGAAGAAGUUGUACUGAAGACACAGGAAGCUGCAAAAGAGAAGGAGUUUCAGAGUGUCCCUGCUGGACCAGCUGGAGCAGUUGAGAGGUGUGAAAUCUGCCGGGAGCAAUUUGAGCAGUACUGGGAUGAGGAAGAGGAAGAGUGGCAUCUAAAGAAUGCUAUCAGAAUGCACGAGAAGAUUUACCAUCCAUCCUGUUACGAAGAUUACCAAAACACAUCAUCAUUUGAUUGCACACCCUCUCCCAGCAAGACCCCUGUAGAAAAUCCCCUAAAUAUUAUGUUGAACAUUGUUAAACAGGAAACAGAUGAGUCCUGUGACUCACCUCAAGUGAAAGAAGAACCUGAUGACACCCCUGCUGCCUGUGCAGAAGAGAGCACACCUGCCUCUAUAGAUGUUAAAACAGAGCCAGAUGAGUCUGUUUAGAUUGAGGUUUGAUUUUUUUUUUUUUACAGAAGAGCUCCUGUGUUAAUUCUGGAAAGCAGAUACUUUUUAUAGGAAAUAAAAACAUUCAAUUGAGGCAGGGCCUCAGCUACUGUUUCGUUAAUAAAUACAUUUUUGUAUUUAAAUUUCUUAUUGCCUGCACUGUUUCAGGUGUCAUUGUGUGAAAAUUCUGUAGAUGCGUGAAAAUUUAAUGGAAUGAAAUUGUAUAUGUAAAAAUGUACAAUUUUCACUUGUGGAAAUGUAAAUUAUAAAUAAAACAUAUUUUUGCUAUAUAUGGAGUGUAAUGUUUAUGCACACCAUCAAAUGAAGACAGUGUUUCUGUACUUUUUUCAGUUUAAACGGAAUUAAAAAGACCUCAGUUUUAAACCUCUUACUGAAUAAGAUUCAGAAAAGUGAAAGCAAGCAACUUCCUUCAGUUAUCUCAUAAGUGGGUGAUCAAGGGAAGCAAUGCUGGAACUUCUCAAGACAAAAUCCUAGAUUUCUUCUUAAAUUUACUUGAACAAGCUUACAUAUCCAGAUAUAUAUAUAUA